AUGUCCCUUUUACGCGAGGCGGAGAGGUUCUUGGUCAAUCAACACAAAAGUGCACUGAAUGCUUUCAUAACACCACUGCCCCGCGCGGGGGCAUGGCUUGAUCGCGUAACGGAAGCAGAGCAACGCCGCAAAGAAGGAAAAAAAACCAUCAACGUUACAGGCACGCCCAAGUCAGUUCUUGACGGGCGCUUGAUUUCGGUCAAAGACAAUAUUUGCACACGCGACUUACCGACGACAUGCGCCUCGGGAAUCCUUGACCACUUCACCAGCCCAUUCAAUGCCACCGUCGUGGAUCAAUUAGAGGCUGCCGGAGCUGUUGUUGCAGGGAAAACCAAUCUGGACGAAUUUGGAAUGGGAUCUCACUCCGUGUAUUCCAAGUUUGGCGCCGUCAAGAAUUUGCGACAAGAUGAACAUGGGCAAGACCUUUCCGCUGGCGGGAGUUCGGGUGGAAGUGCAGUAGCCGUUGCCGCGGAGCAGUGCUAUGCCGCACUGGGGACAGACACUGGUGGCUCGGUCAGACUUCCGGCAGCGUAUACGGGAACUGUUGGAUUCAAGCCAUCGUACGGGUUACUCUCGCGAUGGGGUGUGGUGGCAUAUGCCAACUCCCUAGAUACAGUUGGGAUCUUGGGAAGAACCACGUCAUCCGUAAGAGACGUGUUUACCAUCUUGAAUAAGCACGACCCCCGUGAUCCAACCAGCAUCACCUCUCCUUCGCGAUCUCGAAUCCACACUCACUUGCAAUCAACCGCACUUGCACCUCGAUUGACACAAAAUCCCCUCCGCAUCGGUGUGCCGCUAGAUUACAACAUCUCCGAACUCACUCCGUCUAUUCGCCAAGCAUGGCAUCUCUCUCUUGCACACCUUCAAAGCCAGGGACAUACAAUCCACCAAAUCUCUCUCCCCGCCACAAAACACGCACUCUCCGCAUACUACGUGCUUGCGCCCGCCGAAGCAUCCUCAAAUCUGGCCAAAUACGACGGUGUCCGUUACGGAACUCGUGCCGAGGGUCCAGACAGCGACGGACAACCGGAGAGCUACCUCUACGCCAACACCCGUGGGCAGGGCUUUGGCGCUGAGGUACAGCGGCGGAUCCUUCUCGGCACUUUUAGUCUCAGUGCGGACGCGAUGGACAACUACUUCAUCCAGGCCCAACGUGUGCGCCGACUCGUGCAGCAGGACUUUGAUGCCGUCUUCGCGGCGGCGCAUCCAUUCGCGACAACAGAGUGCCACGAGACCAAGUCACCGAACUCGACGAACAUCGAUGUCAUUGUUUGUCCAACAGCACCAUCACCCCCACCGCGACUGGGUGAAAUCACAACGGGCUCGUCACCCCUGGAUGCUUACGUGAAUGAUGUUUUCACAGUGCCAGCCAGUUUGGCGGGGUUGCCAGCGAUUUCGGUGCCCGUCACUGUCUCUGCAUUGGGCCGGAGCUCAGAGCGCGAGGAAGUGGCGGGGAUUCAAAUCAUUGGACAGUACGGCGACGAUGAGCUGGUGAUGAAUGUUGGCGAAUUGUUGGAGAACCAAAAGAUGGUGGGCCAAGAAUAG